AUGGCAGGCCUCGAGGGCGGAGGACCUCGGACGGUGGUGUUGGUGUUGCUACUGUUGCUGUGCCAACUUACUUACACAUUUGGAGCAGGCGCCGCCACAACAUUUGACAACAUAGCAACUGAUGGCAGUACUCGCGUCAGUAUUGCUGAAAACACCGGAACAGGGGCCUCAGUGUUCGGUAUCCUAGCAACUGACCCGGAAGCAGACGCCCUGACCUUUACACUGACCACUACGUCAGUGCCCUUUACACUUGUGGGUCAACAGCUGCAAUGCGUUGCAUCCAUUCAAAGACUUCCGUACUUCAGAGUAAGUGAUGGAACCUCGACAACAACAGGAGCCGUGAACGUGGACGUUACCGACCUCAACGACAACUUGCCAGUGAUUAGCGGAGCCACGGUCAUCGCCAUAGACGAGAAACAAAACGUUGGAACUGUCGUGCCCUUCACAUAUACUGUAACAGAUAACGACGCCGGAGACACUCUGUCCUACCAACUGACAGGAGUCCACGCGACCUACUUCACUAUCGAGAGCAACACUGGAACUAUAAAGACUUCGCAGAAACUGGACAGAGAUGCUUCGGGUGCAAUCAAAGUUUUUGACCAGCUGACCUUGACGGUGACCGACAGUGCUGGUCAGCCCACUACCGGGACAUUGAGUGUGACGUUGAAUGACAUCAACGAUAACACCCCCACAUGCACACCGUCUGCAUUCUUCGCCGAUGUUACAGAGAACUCUCCCGUCGACACUACCGUCGUUGCUUUAACGUGUACCGACGACGACGCCUCCCCGAACAGUGAUAUGACAGUGACCAUCGUCAGUGGAGAUGAUGCCACCCAGAAGUUCAAGGUCACUGCCAUGAACAUUCUGACGACGGCAACAGUGACGGACUUCGAAACGACGACGUCAUACACCCUUGUCGUCAACAUUGCCGAUGGUGGAGCAACGCCGAACGUAGCCACAGCUACAGUUGUUGUUUCUGUUCUACCAGAGAAUGAAGGCACACCGGCAUGGGGAACGUUCGUGCCUGCGUUCGUAUCAGGAACACCGUAUCCCGUGUCAGAGAAUGCCAACGUCGGUACAUCUGUUGUUACCAUAGCAGCAACAGAUUCAGAUGCUGGGAAUGAUGGCACAAUCACGUACACACUGGUGACAACAACUGGAGCUGGUGUAGGCACUGUAAGCGGGAUUUUCCACUUGGAUUCCGUGUCAGGGAAAAUCUCAACAACUGCGUCCCUCGACCGUGAAUCGGUUGCAUCUUACGAUGUGACAGUUCGAGCAUCUGAUGGAGGAACUCCUGCUAAGACAGUAGACCGAACAUUCACAAUCUCAGUAGCAGAUUACAACGACAAUGGGCCCGUCUUUACAUCAGCCCCAUAUUCCAACUCUCCUCUGGAAACUGCCACGACAGCAGGUGCAACAAUAGUAGCAGUAGCGGCAACAGAUGCUGAUGCAACGUCAACCUUGGCAUAUGCGAUAGAGUUUGGGGACACUACUAGAUUCCAGUUCGGUGCAUCUGGUCUUGAACUGAUAACUGCAAUCAACCUUGACAGUCCGGCCAAUGACCCUGACUACUAUGUCCUCAGGAUCAUUGUGACCGAUGGUGGAACACCGGAGCUGACUGGAACGACGUCUGUGACGGUAUCCGUUGUGGCAGUCAAUGACCACGAUCCUGCAUUUGCUGCUGGCUUCCCAUCAACUGUCUCGUUUGCAGAGAACACCGCAGUAGGGACAGUAAUUGAUACUGUGGCCGCCACAGAUCUUGAUGCUGGCAUCGACGGACAGAUUACAUAUUCUAUUACAAAUGGCAAUACCAACACUGACUUCAGCAUCGAUCCGACAUUUGGUAUCAUCACACUACAGAAACCUUUGGAUUUUGAGACGACCCCUUCCUACACGCUUCAAGUGACUGCUAGUGAUGGCGGAGGCACUGUGAGGUCGGCAAUAACAACAGUGACAGUCACAGUUACCAACAUCAACGACAACUUGCCUUCCUGUGCUUCAUAUGCGGUUUACGUGACUGUGCUUGAGAGCAGCAGUGUCAAUGAUGCGGUGUCCACACUGACGUGUACAGAUGCAGAUGCGAGUGACGUCCUAUCGUAUACAAUCACAUCAGGGAACGGUGACGGAAAAUUCGCUCUCAAUGCUGCCAGUGGUACUAUAACGCUGGCUGCAACUGUGGACUACGAUUCUGCCACAACAUCUUACACCCUGCAGAUACAAGUCAGUGACGGGACCAACUCCAGGACUGUCACUGUUUACGUAAGUGUCGGUGCUGUAAAUGAAGCCACGCCCACCUUUGCAACACCAUUCCCUGCAGUGUCUGUAUCUGAGAGUGACUCUCCUGGAACUACAGUCCACACCUACACUGCCGCAGACUCCGACUACGUUCCCCACGCUGUCACAACGUAUGCUAUCAGCACUGUAACCCAAGGAGGCCUGUCCCUGUUCAGCAUAGACCCGUCCUCUGCUGUCAUCACCCUGGCCUCCAGUGUGGACUACGAUGCUCUUCCUGCUGGCACCAAGUUCUAUCUCCUCACCCUCACAGCUACAGAUGGCGGCGGACUUCAGGGGACUGGCACGGUAACAGUCAGUGUGACAGACGUCAAUGACAACAUCCCCUCCUGCACUCAAUCCAGUUGGUCCCAGAAUGUUGCAGAGGAUGUCGCUACAUUUCCAACGACACUUAUUGCAAGUUUGGGAUGCUCAGAUGUUGAAGAUGGAACAUCACUGACCUACACUCUUGUGCAAAGUCCAGGUUCUCACUUCGGCGUAACAGCAGGCGCUGUAACAAUAACAAGUGCUGUUGAUUACGAGGCAAACACUGGCCAUACUUUGACCAUCACAGUCUCUGACACCGGAAGUCCUGUACAGUCAACAACAGUCACUGUUAACAUCAACGUUGUCAAUGUCAACGAUGGCCCACCAACAUUUACUGGAACAUUUUCCGCCACCAUUGCUGAAGACAGCGCCAUUGGGAUAUCCGUUGCUGAUGUUGUAGCCACAGACCCUGAUGGAAAUAAUGCUUUUGGAAGUCCUGUUUAUUCUAUUCAGGGUGGUGACCUCAGUAAUCAGUUUAGCAUAGAUUCAAAUACAGGGAGAGUGUCGACUAUUGCUAACUUGGACCGAGAAACAAAAGCUAGCUAUGAUCUCGUCAUCAAAGCCACGGAAAGUGGAGACAUUGGGACUGCCACAGUUACACUUACUGUAACAGUCACAGAUGUAAACGACAAUACACCAUCUUGCUCUCAGAAUUCCUUCGUUGUGACUGUCAGUGAAGCCGAGGUCGCCGGAUUCGGUGUCAACACAUUCACGUGUACUGAUGCUGACACUACUGGAACUGUAACAUACACCUUGUCAACUGGAAAUACGAUCAAGUUCGAAAUGAGUUCAAAUAUUCUUCAGUUGAAGUCACCCCUUGACUUUGACUCUGGUGUGACAAAAUAUGAUGUUAUUGUAACAGUAUCUGACACCACAAAUAGCGUGGCUAUCCCCGGAACAAUUCAUGUUGGAAACGUCAAUGAGGCUCCGCCAGUGUUUUCACCAGUGAUAUAUCCAGUAUCCCACAGUGAGAAUCUAGCACUGGCCUCCACAAUAGCACAGGUAACUGCAACAGAUGCAGAUUCCGCCUCCACUUCAGAUGGACAAAUCACGUAUGCCUUUGUAGCUUCGUACCCUUUGUUUGCGCUGGACUCAACCUCAGGCGUCAUCACGCUUGUGUCAUCACUGGACAGAGAGACGGAUGCAACUCACGAUCUCCUGGUUACAGCAACAGACGGAACAACCACAGUAACUGCCACUGUCAGUUUGACCGUCACAGAUGAAAAUGACAACACUCCUGUGUUUGGUUCUGGAUCGUACAGUGGCAGUGUGUCAGAAGCGGAUGCUGUUGGAGCUAGUGUCGUGGUCACCGUUGCUGCAACUGAUACUGAUGACCCUGCAACUGGAGGAAAUGGACAAGUAACAUACUCGAUUAUCGGUGGAAAUACGAACAGUGACUUUACGAUCGAUGUCAGCAAUGGCGAGAUAAGAACAGCCAAGUUGUUAGACUAUGAGACAGCUGUGUCCCACUCUCUGACAGUGAAGGCAGUCGACAGAGCAGGGGAUGCACAAUCCAAGUCCGCUACCACAAUUGUAUCAGUUACAGUCACUAAUGUGAAUGAGCAUAACCCAGUGUUUACCCCAACAACUAUCAUCAAGUCAGUCCCUGAAAACACAGCUAUUGGGACGCUCAUCCAUCAGAUCCUUGCAACGGAUGCCGACAGUGGCACAGAUGGAGAUCUGACUUACUCCAUGGCAACACACGCCACAUUUGCCCUUGCAUCUGAUGGUGCUCUCACCCUCAAAGAUAAUCUUGACUUUGCAACUGCCAGUACAUACUCACUUACUGUGACAGCAACUGAUGGUGGAACACCAGCUAGAAGUUCAGACGUCACUGUGACAAUCAACGUCGUUGACGACAACAACAACACACCAACAUGCUCCCCUAGCUCCACGACUACCAUUCAAAGAGAAGACUACACUGGCAAUGUAGCUACUUUGACAUGCACAGACCUGGACACAGGAGCAAGUGGUACACUCUCCUACAUUAUAGAAUCCGUGAAUGCUGUUGCUGGGAGUGGUUCGUUUUCUGUUGAUGCGAGUGGUGUUGUUUCUACAACAGGUUUGGAUUAUGAAACUGCCACUUCACAUUCAAUUAUAAUAAGAGUUGAGGAUGGUGGUGUUCCUGCCCGAACAACAUCAGCUACAGUCAUUGUGUCAGUGACAGACGUCAACGAGGCUGCUCCAGCAUUUCUUGGAACGCCAUUCAACCCUUCUAUGGCAGAAUCAGAGGCAACAAGUGACGUCAUCGUGUCCAUAUCUGUCAAUCCUAUCAAUGAAAAUUCUCCAACGUUCACCCCUGCUUCAAGCACAGAAACUGUCCCUGAGAACAGUGUAUCGGGGCACGUUGUUAUUGACCUUGAUGCCACGGAUAAUGAUUCUGGACCAGAUGGACAAGUAACCUACAGUAUCAUAUCAGGAUCACUUGGGAAGUUCAUAAUUGAUCCAUCGACUGGCGUCGUGACUGUAAGUGACGUACUUGAUGCUGAAUCUGUGUCAUCAUACACUGUUACAAUCCAGGCAACGGAUGCUGGAACUAAUCCAUCACCCCUGAGUGGUACCUACAUCCUAACGGUGUCAGUGACUGAUGUGAAUGAUGCAACACCAUCUUGCACUCAGGCAUACUACGCAACUGCCAUAACGGAAUCAACAGCGCCAACAACAUCCGUUCAACAAAUUGUGUGUUCAGACUCAGAUAUAAACGCUCCUAACAAUGUCCUCAGUUAUGCCAAGAUUGCAGGGGAUCCAGUUAACCUGUUUGAUGUUGAUGCUUCUACAGGACUGGUCUCUGUUGCUGCAGCAGCAUCCUUUGAUAGGGAGACGACUGCGUCAUACCUUCUGAAUGUUACUGUCACAGAUGGUGGAGCCACAGCACUUUCUGCAGUCAUCCAUGUCUUUGUCAGCAUCACAGACGAGAAUGACAACAGUCCUGCGUUUGUCCAGAACCCGUACACGCCCAGCGUAGCUGAAGAUGCUAGCCCUGGAACAGCUGUUGUGACAGUAGCAGCAACAGAUGCAGAUGCGGGGUCGAAUGGAGAUGUAGUGUACUUCAUAUCAACAGGAAAUUCACUGGGCCACUUUACUGUGGACUCUGUGACAGGAGUAGUGUCUGUUCAGGCAUCUCUUGACAGGGAGUCAUUAUCUUCAUACGUUUUGGAAGUAAGGGCCCAGGACAAAGGGACCCCCACAAGUCUUACUGGAACGUCUACUGUCUCGAUAACUGUAACUGAUGUCAAUGACAACUUUCCUCUUUGUACCUCAUCCGUAUACACUGGCAGUGUACCAGAAGAUGCUGCUCUAUCCACGUCAGUUACCACUGUGUCCUGUCCGGAUGCUGAUGUUCCUCCUAACAAUAACGUUGUGUACACAAUCACAGCAGGCAACACUGGUAGUGUAUUUGCUAUUGGAUCUACAUCAGGAGUGGUCACAGUCAAUGCAGGUCUUGACGCAGAAACACUGAGUGCGUACAGCCUCACAGUACAAGCUUCAGAUGGAACCCUUACUACCGAUGUCAUUGUAACAGUCACAGUAUCAGAUGUCAACGAGCAUGACCCAGUCUUUGCUCCACCCGGACCCUAUUCCGAGUCAUUCAGUGAGGACACAGCUUUAGGAACUACGAUAAAGAACAUUAAUGCAAAUGAUAAUGAUAUUUCCAAUUCUGUUCUAUCAUUCAGCAUAACUCUAGGAAACGCAGAUAACAAAUUUUGGAUCGAUCCAACAUCGGGGACCGUUGUUCUUCAGGGGGCUCUUGACCGGGAAACCACAGACACAUAUUCCUUGACAGUAGAAGUUGCUGAUGGAACAGGAGCUGGAAGUCGCACAGCAACAACUCAGCUGACAGUUUUAGUCCUUGAUGUAAAUGACAAUGAUCCAAUUUGUGCUCCUUCCAAUUAUAUCAACACACUACCAGAAGAUUCCAGUAUUGGAACAACUGUUAGUAGUCUAACAUGUUCCGAUGCUGAUUCCUCUACCCCCACCCUGGCUUACAGUAUCACAACGGGCAAUGGAGAGGGUAAAUUUACCAUCGAUGCUGCUUCUGGGGUGGUUACCAUAUUUGCGUUGCUUGAUUAUGAAACUACAACUUCCUACAACUUGGAAAUUCAAGUAUCCGAUCAAGGGGGUACUGCACGAGUUAUCACCGUUCCUGUAACUUUAGAUGUGACACCUGUAAAUGAAGCAGCUCCAGUAUUUACUCCAGUUACGCCUGUACCUAUUCAGGAAGAUGUCUCUAUAGGAUCUGUUGUGUACACAGUAACAGCUACAGAUACCGAUAAGGGUUUACUUCAUGGAACGGUUAGGUAUUCAAUAGCAUCUGGCAAUGAUCUUGGUCAUUUUAGUAUUGAUGAAGGAACGGGAGAGAUUAAAACUGUUGGUAAUUUAGACAGAGAAAGCACUACCUCAUACACUUUGAGAAUCCGUGCCACUGAUGACUUUGCUAGUUCAGGGGCUGAGCGUAGUGCUGAGGUGGAUCUCAGUAUAACAGUUGGUGAUGUGAAUGAUAACAUCCCUGUGUUUGUACCAAUCCUCUACAUCAAAGAUGUUCUUGAGACAGCUCCAAGUGGAUCUACAGUUGCAGUUGUGACUUCACGAGAUGAUGAUGAUGUUCCAAAUGCAACACCCGUGUACUCCAUUGUUUCAGGAAAUACGGGAAGUGUAUUCAACUUUGUGGCAAACGAACUUCUCUCAAAUGCAGCCUUAGACUUUGAAACUUUGACAAUGUAUGAUCUUGUCAUACAAGUGUCAGAUAGUGGAACGACACCAUUGACAUCAAAUGGCAGAAUCAUCAUAAAUGUACUAUCCCAAAACGAGUUUGCUCCGAUUCCUGCUGUCCCCAAUGAUAGCAUCACAGUGAGCGAGCUAAUCCCAGUAGGAACCAACUUCUACAAUGCAAGCGCUGCAGAUGGUGAUUCAGGAACUGAUGGGGAAUUCUCUUGGAGUAUCACAAAUGGAAACAUCCCUGAGCUUUUCUUCUGCAGUCCACAGUUAGGAGAACUGUAUACAUCGUCCGUUCUCGAUUACGACACACCUCCCAACACUCACAACAUUACGGUUGAAGCACAAGACAAAGGUGGUCUGACCGGGUCAUUCUGGCUUGAAAUUGUACUUCAGGAUGAAAAUGAUGAGUAUCCAGUAUUUACUAAAUCUAUAUAUACUCCUCUCUUGAAUGAAAAUGUAGCGAUUGGUCAGUCAGUAGAAACGGUAACCGCCACUGACAAAGACUCGGGGACAAAUGGUCAAGUUACAUAUUCAAUAACAUCUGGAGAUGGACAAGCAUAUUUUGCAAUUGACUCCUCCAGUGGUAUUAUUACAACAACACAGAACAUCGACUAUGAGACAAAACAUGUUUUCUUCCUAAUUCUACAAGCAAUAGAUGGUGGAACGCCUGCUCUAUCUACUGUUGGAGUCGUCAGGAUGACGGUUGUUGAUCUUAACGAUAAUGCUCCUACAUUUACACCUGACUUCUUUACUCAAAGUCUGUCAGAAGAUGCUACUUUGGGAACAAGUGUGACGACUGUCUAUGCCACAGACGCUGACUCAUCUGCUAACAAUAACAACGUCUUCACCUACAGUCUCACUGAUGCCUUUUUCGAAGUCAAUACAGGAUCUGGGCAAAUAUCUACAAAAGCUUUGUUAGACAGAGAAACUAUUCCCAGCCACAAUUUAACAAUUUUGGCCAUCGACCAGGGAACACCAGCUAAUACAGGAACAGCAGUUGUGACAGUCAACCUCCUCGAUGUAAACGAUAACAAACCUAACAUCACGGGAAGUUACUCAACUAAUCUGAGUGAGGACAUAAGCCCUGGAACCAUUGUCUUCACUAUCGCAGCCUCUGACUUAGAUAGUGGCGUGAAUGCUGAACUUGUGUUCUCUAUUGCGUCUGGAAGCACUGAUGGAGAUUUCAAGAUUGAAAUUGGGAGUGGUAUUGUUCAAGUUCAGAAUUCACUGGACAGGGAGAGAACCGCCUCCUACAACCUCGUCAUCCAUGUAACGGAUAAGGGAACCCCUCCACUAACUGCUUCUGUUACCACUACAAUAGUGAUUGAUGAUAUCAAUGACAACAAUCCAAUUUUCAAACAGUCUCAAUACACAUUUAACAUAGCCGAAAAUGUUCCUUUGGGGUCAUCUGUUGGGACAGUAGAAGCUACAGAUAAAGACAGCCUAAUAAAUGCAGCACUAACAUAUGAAAUUGUUGUCUUCUGGACUGGUGAAGCGUCCCAUUUUGUCCUCGACCUUUCUUCUGGAGUGAUCACUACAGCAGGGAAUCUGGACCGAGAAACUAUUAACACAUACAGUUUGAGAUGUCGUGCUAAAGAUGGUGGAACUCCUCAGUUAACUGGAGAUGUUAAUGUGACCAUCGUGAUUGAUGACCUAAAUGAUAACCCACCUGUCUUCAACUCGUUACAGUAUACAGGAUCUGUAAAUGAAAACACAGCAGCAGGAACGAGCAUAUUAACUGUUACAGUCACCGAUGCAGACGCCCACAAUGGUGCCAUAACUCUGUCAAUCGAUACUUCAACUCCUGAAGGGGUCAGAGGUGACCAGUUCCUAACAGUUGAUUCUGCCUCAGGUAUUGUAAGUGUCAAGUCUGUUAUGGACAGAGAGGUGGACGUGGACUUCAAUGUAACCAUUUUAGCAGUUGACAACGGGACAGUUCCCCUGACUGCUUCAGCUGUGGUGUACAUCACAGUUAUCGAUGAAAAUGACAAUGCUCCUGUCUUCAGCUCUACAUUUUACAACACUGAGAUUGCCUACACUGGCACCUGUGACAACACUAUUGUGACUCUUACUGCCACUGAUGCUGAUUCUGGAUUAAAUGGACAGGUGUUCUACGUCUUUUCCCAGAAUCCUUAUGGAUUUUUCUUUGCUGUUGGUGUCAGUUCAGGUGUUGUGGUGCUACAGACCCCAGUAUCAGUCAACACCAAGUAUGUACUGGAAGCCUCAGGGAACGAUGGUGGGGUUCCUUCACGAACAACCAGCCCGGCAGCAGCAAUCCGGGUAGACACAUUCGACCCCAAUACCGUGGCCGUCGUUAUCAAACUUGGCAUAAGCAAGACAGAUUUCCUCCUCAGACAGGAUCAGUUUGUGUCCCAGUUCAAGACUGUCAUGUCGUCCAGCUAUCCUUCAUGUCUGGUACGGAUCUGGUGCAUCACAGAGAGGUCAGGCGAGACAGCAGUAGCAGCACCAACACGGCGGAGGCUCCUUGCUUCCAGUCCAGUAAAUGUCAACCUUGUGGUUGUUGCUGACAACACAACUGAAACGUCCAGCAACCUGGCCCAAGGCAAGACUUUCCUCACUUCCAGCGAUGUCACCAGUGUCGUAGCGUCUGACCCAUCAGGGACUCCAUCAUCAGCACUGCAAGGAUCAGCCUGGGACUACUUCGUGAUCCAGAACGCCAGUCCCUACUCCGAGACUGUCACUCCCUGGCAUCAGACAACAGUCGGCAUUGUCUUCAUCACCCUGUCCUGCCUCCUGGCCGUCGUACUCAUCGGCAUCACAAUCUUUGCCAUCCUCUGGUGGAGGAAGAAGAGAAGGUUGGUCAUUGCCGAUUACACCAACCCGUACGACAAUCUUGGAGAAUCGACCUGGAGUAAGGACUACACUGCAAUGGUUCCUGACCUUGACCUUAAGGAUCCCAAGAAACAUCCUCCUCCAGCUUUGUUGACGCUUCCAAUCCCACUAAAGCCACGAGUGCAGAGCUCAGAGCCUGAUGACUUCUGGGGAGCCCCUGAAAAAAAGAAAGGACGUAGGAGCGAAACGCCCCCUCGUACACCACGCUCCGUUAUCGUCACAUCGAAUGAGAUUGAUGGCUACCCCAUACGCAACAGGCACUUCGAUGGGCAAGCUGUGGACCCAGUGACAGACAAGGUGUACCAAUACAACACCCGAACCAAUCAGAGACGCUGGGUGACGACGCCGGAGGGCAAGGCUGUAGUAGCCAGGGACAGCAACGUCUAG